UUGUCAUUACUUAUUAUGACUUUUUUGUGAUGUUUAUUUUCACUGUUUUCUAUGUAUAUUUCUUGAACUCUGCUUAGAUCUAAUCCAGGAUGAAAUGCAAUGAAUUCGCAAAAAGUAAAUCUCGCCACAUGAACCUAGAGAAUUUGGAUAAAGCUUUGCACGACUUGGGCAUGUUGAGCGCAAUAACUGAGGCACGUCGCGACUAUUUACGCGAGUCUAAGUCUAAUUACAGCGUGAUGCGGCUGAACACGCGGUACGUGUCUAACGUGACCGUGGGAUACUGUAUGAAGAGAGCCACCAACAAAAACAGACUCUGCCCUUACGUUUUGCCUAUCAGGCACAGAACUAAGAGUGAAAACUCGGACGCGAUCGCUAGUGACGUGAGCGACAGUGCGUGCGAGUUCAAAAAUAGUUUGUUAGAGCCGUCGACCAGCGGCUACAACCACGACAGCACCAAGAGCCCGGCGAAGCGGUGCCAGUCGCUCGAGAACCUGAACCUGGCCGUGGAGCUGCCGCCGGGACCCGAGGGCUCGCCCGACAUGGAUUGUGUCUCCACGCGCAUCCAGAAGCUACAAGUCGAUGAAUGACAUCCAUUCACAAACAUGCAACUCGAAAUCUAGUGUGAUGACCUUCGUAUCGUAUUUACUCUAAGUUAGAGUGGCGGAGGUUAGGAAAUAGUCGUAGUAUUCAAUUGAUCUAAUGAAUGUUGAAUAUAUUUUCAGUGUGUUUAUAAUGAUGCAUUGAUAUGUGUAGAAGCUGAUUCUAAAUGUUCCUAGAUCCUUGGUGUAAUUGAUUUAAUUUUGCAUGUAUUAUUCACCCCAACGAUAAAUGAUAGUGCAGCUGUUUCAUUACUAUUUAAGCGAAUUGCUCAAAUACCUUUUGGGAUUGGUACAAAUAUUGGAUAUAUUAUGUAUAUGAAUUAUUAGACAAUUGUUUUAUAAAGUUUGUGUGUUUGUUAGCUGUGAGAGUUUUAAUGAUUUUUAUGGUUACCCUAAAGUUAGCACUUCUGUGUUUGUUGAAAACAAAUUCAUUUUGUUUUGUCUAAGUCACAUGUGCAAUCUUCAUUAUAGAUUAUCACUUGUUUGCUUUUUAGCUAAUAAAAACACAAGUAUAUCUAUUAGAAAUGUGUAUUAGUAAAUGUUAGUAUCAUUUUUUUCAUAAUUAGUGAAAAUAUAAAUUGUGCAAAUAUAAAUAAGACUGCUAGAGGAUCUCAUUUCAUCCAUACAAGUCAUGUUAUAGGUAUCCACGAUUGUCUUACAUCCAUUAUUUAUUUGUCGUACACAAUGCUUUUGUGACUUAGAAAUUGAUACUUAUGUUUGUUAACAUAUUUUGUUAUUUUGUUCUUAUUAAUUUAAUAACAAAUAUUUGAAAUAAAUAUUGCUUUGAUUAAUAUA